AUGAAAAUUAAACCACUCACAACAGAAGACCAAUCGUCAAAUCAGCAGCAAGAAACUGAAAAGCUCAUCCAAUCCAAGAAGAAACCAAGACCUUUCCUUCUAGGAAUCUUUCUUUCGGUUAGAUUAUUCUUAAUCAUUGUCAUUACACUUCUCGUGAUUGCAACAGCUCUUUCCAUUUGGAUUGCAGCUUAUAAAGUCAAUGAACAAGCAGCCUUGGAAGCAGUCUCAGGAAUCAUGACUAAUAUCAAUGAUAAAGUUCGCCAAUUUUUAGAUGGUCAACUGGUGCCACUUCAAGUAGUUUCUCAACAAUUAAGAGAUGAUUAUCAAAAUGGAUAUAUCGACACAGCAGAUGGAUAUCUUAGAUAUUUCUAUUCCAAACUCAAGCAGAAUAACAUUACCAUUGUAACUUUGUGUUUGGGUGAGAAUGGAGCGGACACAUUGUAUGGUUACACUGGAGAAGAUGGAAUUAUUUCAACACUCAGAAAGAGACAAGGUGAUAAAUAUCUGUUAAAGUUGGCAACUGACGAGAAUGGUGAUCCAACUUCCAAGAUUCAGCUCAAUAUUACCUAUGUUGUGCCGAAGAGAGAUUUUUAUUUGGAAUCAGCUCAGUUUUUUACAAAUGGUUAUCCAGAUGGAGGAUUUGGUACAGUGAAUCAGAUUCCAUCUGGUCAUAUGACUAUUUAUUAUGCCUCUCAAGUAUUUGCUAGAAAUUCAACUUCCAAAAUUGGAAUUGCCAAGAUUAAUUUGACAUUUCAACAAAUUGCUCAAUUUUUCGCAGGAAUUAAGGUUUUGGAAAAUGGAUAUAGUAUAUUGUCAGAGUAUGGAAAUGAUAUGAUUAUUGGUUGUUCUCUUCCUAUUCCUAAUAUUGAAAAAACUCGUAUUAAGGCACAAAACAUUACUAUUCGAAACGCAGGAAAAGUAUUCACCAAAAUGUUGCAAGCAAACACUGAAAUUUCAUACAUCCAGGAAGGAUCUGAAAAUCUCAUUGUUUCCACCACAUCCUACACUUUUAAAAACCUUAAAUGGCGUCUCACUUUAGUUUUCGACGAAAAUGAAAUCAAAAAGGGAAUUAUCACAAGUUCUUAUGUGAUUGCUGGAGUUACAAUUGGUGUGAUUUGCAUUGGUGUGGUUCUGAGUGUUGUCAUUGGUUGGAUAGUUACCAAUCCAUUCAUUCAAUUACAAAAAGAUUUCAAAAAGAUUGAAGUUUUGGAUUUGACGAAUAUCAAACCAAGAAAUUCGAUAUUUACCGAAUCUAAGAGUAUUUAUUCUAGUUUGACAGAUACAGUGAAUUGGUUGGCAGAGUUUAGGGCAUUUCUUCCUGAUUGCGUUUUGAAUCAGUUGGAGCAAAAUCAGGAAAAUCAAGCUGAGGAAUCGGCUACUAAUCCAAACGAAUCUCACCGAAAGGCCCAAGAAUCGUCUAGCUCCAUUGCUUCAAAAGCUGGUUCAGGUUUGGAUUCGUUCCGUCACGGAUCAACAUUCAGAAAUCCUAAAGGUGGUGUUGCUGCCAUGCUUAAAUUGGGACUUUCGUCUAGACACAGUUGUGUUCUAUAUAUGAGAAUUCCAGCAUUGAAUAAUGUCAAUAUUUCAGAUGUUGAAAUUCUAAACAGUACUGUGUGUAAAGUCAUUACUGGAGUUUCGUCUAUUUGUAAGACGGUGAGAGGUGACUUGCAAAUCAAAAGUCAUAAUGAAUAUUUAGUUGUCUUUUCAGAUAAGAAUUGUUCAUUGACAGGAUUGGAAACUUCUCUCAAGAUUACUACAGCACUCAAUUCGUUAAACGAAACUCUUAUUCGAAAUGGAGCUAGUCCUUUAAAGGCAAAUAUAGCAAUUGCAAGUGGUGAAUGUCUUCAAGGAAAUGUUGGAAAUAAUUCUUUGAGAUUCUUUACGCUUGUGGGUGAAAUGAUUUACAGAGCUAGGAAUUUGUCAAUCAUGUGUGAAGAUUAUGGAGUUAGUGUAAUUGUAGAUCAGGAAACACAUGAUGAAAACAAGGAUUCGUUUGUGUAUCGUCCUGUGGAUCGUUAUCUUGGAGGCGAUCGUUCCAUUUCAACAGUUUAUGAGCUCAUUAAGAAGAAUCAGAUAAAUGCAGAUGAAUGGUUAUACGAAUUGGAACAACAAAAGGAAAAUACCAAGUAUGAGAUUUACUCUCAACAAUUUACCAAGUUAUUUUCACAACCCAAUUUGGAAACACACGACCUUUCGGCUAUCAAGAAAGUUUUGGAGGAGAAUCAAAUUCCCAAUGAUAAAUUAAUGGAAAGAUUGAUUCGUAUAAUUGACAAAUCAUGUCUGAAUAAUCAUAGAGACUUUGCUAAUUAUCACAGCCAUUUGAAAUCAUCCAUUGAUACUUAUAUCGAUCAUAAUAUUCCUCUUCAUUUAGAAUAA